UCAUCCUCAUCUCUUCUCUAGUUUCUCUCGAUACUUUGUGAAGUUUCAAUAGCCUGCAUCAAUGGCAAGACUUGCCUUUGUCUUGAUAUUUUCCCUCUCCAUCUAUUUUCACUUCAUAUCGGCUGCUACUGCUGCUACCACGAGUACUUCCACUUACACAAACUUCAUCAAGUCUUCGUGCAGCACCGUGCAGUACCCUGCGCUCUGCGUGCAGUCGCUCGUGGUCCACGCCUCGACCAUCAAGCAGAGCCCGCAGCAAUUGGCCCAGGCCGCCUUGGCGGUGAGCUUAGCCCGGGCUCAGUCCACCAAGGACUUUGUGGCGAGAGCGGCCAAGUUCAGGGGCCUCAAGGCGAGGGAGUAUGCAGCUAUAAAAGAUUGCUUGGAAGAGAUGGACGACAGCGUGGACCGGCUCGCGAAUUCGGGGAAGGAGCUUAAGAGGGCAGGCGCAUCCAAGGGCCAGGAUUUCCAGUGGCACGUGAGCAACGUCCAGACAUGGGUCAGCGCCGCGUCAACGGACACGACCACUUGCCUCGAUGGGUAUGCAAGCACAGCCCUGAAUGGCCGGCUGAAGACUUCGAUCAGGUCCCGUGUGCUUAACGUGGCACAGGUCACUAGCAACGCACUUGCUUUGGUCAACCGAUACGCCUCAAAGCCAUGAUCAAGCAACGCGCCAUGAAGCCGUUACAACAUUCCGUCCGAAAAUCUUGCAAUUUACUUUCAUGGCGAUUUAGAUCUUUACGCAAGUAGACAUGAGACUUCGCUUCUGUCGAAACUUUGCUGCCUUAUUCGUCAAACCACAUAUGGCUAUGUAAUCGACACGUUAACUUACUUUGGAUGACAACUCAAGUCACCAAACGCACGCGUUCGAGUCAA